AUGAACGCGAUGGAUGGAGCAGGCUUCGAGGAUGCGAGCACCCUGACGCUAGAGGCCAAUGCCUGGGAGGGGGAUGCUUUGGGCGGAGUGGAAAGGGAGCAGCCAUGGGUUGCAGAGGGCGAGCUUGAUGAGAGCAUGGAAUUGGCAUUGCCUGGGGAUGGGGAAGCGGACGGAGAGGCAGAAGGCAGUCGUAUGGACGCAGCAGACGGAGGGGGAGGAGGGCUGGAAAACGAGGAGGACGGGGCUCGCUGGGGAGCUGCGGGGUCGUUUCCGGGCGCGGGGAUAGCGGCGCGGGUGAUGGAGGUGGAGUGGGAGGACGUGGCUCGCACGGCAGUGCGGCGCGCCGUGCUGCUGUUCGUCAUUGCGCGCCACUUCGUCGCGUUCAUGCUCACGUCCGCCGCCGCGCUGCCCGGGCAACUGCGACGAGCCUGGUGGCCGGAUGACGCGCCUGGGGUCGCGCAGGCAGGGGGAGCGAGCGGAGCAAGAGGCAGCGGAGCUCCGGGUGGUGGUGGUGAUGGUGGAAGGGCGGAUUUGCAUGGGUGGGACUUGGAUGUCCGCGCUGGUGUGGGGGUUGGUGGUGCCAGUGGAAACAUCGCCAGCAGACGCAGGAGCAGGGGCAGCAGCAGGAGGAGCAGGAGUGGCAGGGCUACUGAGGGGAUGCACGUCGGCUCUCAACAAUCCCAUGUCACAAGCAUGCCUUCACCAGCGGUCGCCUCUGGCUCUGACGAUGAACGAAUUCCAGUCAGCUCAGAGGGUCCUGCGCGUACAGGCACCAUCGACCGCAGUCACUCUCAUGCAUCCGCAGCUGCUGAUUCCCACAGCCUAUUUCCGUUGCCGGAGAAUCGUGUUUCUGUUGGAGAGCCCGCUUCUUCCUCGUCUUCCUCUGCUCGCGGUAAUUUCGCUGCUAGCCCGUUGUCGCGUCCUGAGGAUCCCGCCUCUCCACCUUCUCUAUUUCCACAAAUGGCGGCAGCUGCAGCAACCGCGGCAGCAGCAGAGCCGGCGAGGGAGGCUCCCUCGCAUUCAGGAAAUGCUGUGGGUGGAGGUGAGAGGAGUGGCCAGGAGACGCUGAAUGGUUCCGCAAGGGGAAGAGCUGUAGGAGCAGCAGCAAAAGCUGCUGCUGCUGCAGCAGGAAGAGGAGGAGCAGGAGGAGGUGGUGAGAGUGAGGCGGAUAAGGUGUUUGCAGCAGCAGAGGCGGAGGGGAAGAGUCCGCAGCAGCUGUUUUCAAAAGAAGCAAGGGUGGGGAAGGUCGUCCCUGGUGGUGGUGAGAGCAGCACCACCGCUGCCGGAGAGGCUGAAGACUUAUCGAAAGAGGGGGGGAAGGGGCCGAAAGGGAUGGGAGCUGACGACCCAGCAGGUGCACCAGCAGACGGUGCAGCAGGUGCAGCCGAAGCCGCAGCAGCCGCAGCAACAGCAGCAGGAGAGAGGAGGCGCGCGCGGGGCAAGGGGAGGCCAAAGCGAGCAGGAGCAGGAGCGAGCGCGGGCGCGGGAGCAGCAGGGCGAGUGGAGGAGGACGAUCCGUGGGACGUGGUGAAGCGGUUCUGGAGCCAGCCAGCAGUGGUGAAGCUGCGCAUGUCCAUCACCAUGGCCAACCUCACCAUGGGCCUCCCCACCUUCCUCGCUCACGUGCGGUGGCACAUGGUGCCGCUACUGCACGACCUGUCGCUGCCCAUGCUAGCGCCCAUUCUCUUUGGCUCGGGCAUUGUCUUUAAGUCCGUGGUCAACAACCUUGGCAUCGUGCUGCCCCGCCUUGGCAUAGCAGUGGUGCUGCUGUGGGUGCUGUGGGGGUGCAACUGUGUGUUACAGCGCGCCAUCACCAAGACAGCGGAGCGACGCCUAGUGGACCGCAACGUCAAGGAUGUGCUAGUGCUCGCUGUUGAGAUCACAAUGACAGCAGCAGCGGUGGUGACAGUCCUCUCCAGUGUGGGCAUCCGCAUAUCAGCUCUGGUCCUGCCUCUCUUCAUUGUCACAGCGCUAGCAGGAAAGGACCUUUGGCACAACUACUUUGGUGGCUUCUUUCUUUUCGCUGCCCGGCCUUUCCGGGCAGGCGACACAUUAGCGCUGCACUGCUCUCUCUCUCCCUCGGCGCCAACCACGCCAUCAGACCACGUGUCAGUGGGCACAGGGUGGUUUGAGGGCGUGUGCGAAUCAGUCGAUCUGCGCUUCACGGUCGUCCGGUCCGGCACGCUCCGUCUCUUUGUGCCCAACGCCCGCUUCCUCUCUCACGAGUUUGUCGUGCUUGACACCUCGCCCCUCAACAAGACGCCGUUCUCUCCUCCACCACCCUCCUCGCCCACCUUCCCCUCUCGCCGGUCGCCUCCCCCCUCCCCUCCUCCAACACCCACAUCACACUCCGCUCUCCUCAGUUUCGCCCCGUCUUUCACCCGUCGGAAAGCCACCCCCAGUGGGGACAGGAGCAGAGUUGUCACUUCAGAUGCAGGCGGUGCUGCUGGGACACCAGGCGCGAAGGAAGUGGUGACACAUCCAGGGGCAGGGACAGGGGCAGGGGCAGGGGCAGGAUCAGGGGCGGGGGCAGGUAUAGGGGCGGUAAGGAAUGCAGAAGAGGAGGCGAGUAGGAGGGCGGGGUCGAACGGAAGCUUGCCUCACCUGCAUCGUAACCUGAGCUUGGGAAGGGUGUCUGCUGCUGGUCUCUCCCAACCCCCGCACUCUACCCUCUCCUCCUCGUCUCGUGCCCCACCUUCUCCACCUUCUGCCUGCCGCCCGGUUCCCUCCGAUGCACCCGGCAGCAGCAGCAGCAGCACAGGCGUGCGGUUUCACCAGGGUGCUGUACCUGGUGGUGACUGGAGCAGUGGGAAUGCAGGGGGUGAUGGUGGCAAUAGCAGCAGCAGCAGCGGCGGCGGCGGCGACAGCAGUGUGGGUGGUAAUGGCGCUGUGAGAAGCAAGCCUGGCGGGUUUGGUGAGAGUGCAGUGGGUAAUGAUGGAGUGCCGCCAGCACACAUGCAGCAGCAGGGGCGAACAGCAGGCAGGCAGACGGCUCGUGAGGGCAAUGGGCACGCGGGCAUGGGCACGGGCGGUGCGUGGGGCAGUGGGAGGGAUGUGAUGGGAGAGGCAGGGGCGGGAAGGGCAGGAGAGGAUGAGGAGGAGGAGUUGGAUGGUGUAGCUGCUACGCUUGCCACUGGUGCGUCUAUCAGCCGAGUGAUUGGGCGGACACUGGGAGACUUCCCUCCUGGUCCCUUUUCGCCGCCUAAGAUGCCUCCACCUCCUCCUUGGGCUCAAGGAGGUAGGUUCAAAUUGAAAGGCAUGUAG